AUGAAGCUCCUCUACCCUACGUCACUGGUGCUGGACCCAAAACUGUUGGAGGGAUUCUCCGUCGACCUCGUCCCAUACGAUGUCAAAAAGCAAAUCCCAGACGAGCACGCCGACGCCGAAGUCCUAGUCACCUGGACAAACUCUCCAGACAACCUCAAGCACGCCGCCUCAAAUCUAAAGCAACUCAAAUGGAUCCAAUCCCUCGCCGCAGGCCCCAACGACGUCCUCUCCGCCGGCUUCUCGCCCUCCACCACCACCAUCACAACCGGCAGCGGCCUGCACGACCACACCGUCGCCGAACACACCAUGGCCCUCCUCCUCCUCUCCGCCCGCAAGCUGCACUCCAUGCGCGACCACCAACUCAAGGGCAAAUGGCCGGGUCACUUGGGCGGUCCGCAACCGGAUCGUCCGAAGGACAGCUUCACCACUUUGAGAGAUGCAAAUGUGGUGGUGUGGGGGUUUGGGAAUAUUGCGCGGACGCUGGCGCCACUACUGACGGCAUUGGGGGCGAAGGUGACCGGGGUGGCGAGGAGCAAGAGGAUCGUGGAUGGGGUGGAGGUGUAUGGGGAGGAUGCGCUGAAGGAUUUGCUGCCGAAGACGGAUGCGUUGGUCAUGAUUCUACCGGGGAGUGAUGCGACGAAGCACGCGCUGAAUGCGGAGCGGUUGAAGUUGCUGCCGAAGCACGCUUGGGUGGUGAAUGUGGGGCGAGGCACGUCUAUUGAUGAGGAUGCACUGGCGGAUGCGGUUGAGCAGGGGAGGAUUGGAGGUGCGGCGCUGGACGUAUUCGAGAAGGAGCCGCUGCCGGAGGGGCAUAGGUUCUGGGGGAUCGAGAACGUGGUUGUCAGUCCGCAUGCUGCUGGUGGAAGGCCGCAGGGAGCGGAGGGCCUGAUUGCGGAGAACUUGAGGCGGUUUAGGGCUGGGCAGGAGUUGAAGAAUGUGAUUUAG